AUGGCAAACAACAACACAAACAACCUCGCCCUGCGUUCCAUUCUCGAUAAAGACAAAUUGAACGGAACAAACUUUGUUGACUGGCAACGCAAUCUCUCCAUUGUUCUCUGCAUGGAUGAGAAAGAGUAUGUGCUCGAAAAGCCCAUUCCUCCUGCCCCUCCCGCUAACGCCCCGAAAGCGGUUAAAGAUGCCUACGAGAAACACGUUAAGGAUGACAACCAGGUUAGCUGUGUCAUGCUGGCUACCAUGAUAACCGAGCUGCAAAAGCAGCACGAGGACAUGAAGGCCCACGAGAUGAUCGUGGCCUUGCGGCAGCUAUACCAGGGACAAUCCAGGCAUGAACGUUUUCUCAAGGAGCUGGCAACGGACCAGAUCCUGCAGUCGCUCCCUGAGCUAUAUAAGGAUUUUGUCAUGAACUACAUGAUGCAUGAUCUUGAAAAACCCCUUCCGGAGAUUCUUAAAAUGCUCCAGACUGCAGAGGAGAACCUUACUAAGGGCAAGGGUACUUCCGUCCUUAUGGUCCAAGGCGGAAAGGGGAAGCCGAAGAAGGGGAUUAAGAUUAAGGCUAGGACGGUCGGAAAGCCUAAAUCAAAGUCCACUUCAUCUGCAACCCAAAAACCCGUAGGAGGGAUUGCAAAGGGCAAAUGUCAUCACUGUG